CUGGAUGAGGAGCAAGGACCUUCACAUCCUCACGUCCGGGAACACGCCGUUUAGCUCCGACACGAGAUUCGGGCCUCAGCACACGCCCGGCAGCGACGCGUGGACGCUCAGGCUCGACAACGCAAGAAAGACUGACUCUGGCAAGUACGAAUGCCAGGUGAACACCGAGCCCAAGAUGAUGUAUGCUGUUCAGCUGUCCGUGCGAGAUGCCGACAAGCCGGAGGGCUACGACGAGCCGCAUUCUCAGCAGACACGGAUAAGUUACGAGAGCACGGCGCCAGUUGCGGCGAUAAUGGGUCCCCGGGAGCAGAAGGUGCUGGCGGGCACGACGAUCACCUUGAGGUGCGUCAUAUUGUCCCCGUAUCAGACCAGGCCCGUCAGAGGCGUUCAGUGGCUCCGGGAUAACAAACUCCUCACAUUCCAGUCGGCACGAGGCGGGAUCAACGUCGAGACGGAGCGAGGCGCGGCACGCACCGUUUCCGAAUUGACUUUGGCGUCGGUGACGCCGAACGACGUCGGAAAAUACGCCUGCAGACCGAGCGAGGGACGCGCUGACACUGUCAUGCUGUUCGUCGAGCCAGGGGAACGUACGGAAGCCAUGCAACGUGACGCCGGAUACGUCUCGUCCGGAUGUGACGUCAGCCACUGGCCCGGACUUCUGCUUCCGUUCUCGUGGUUUCUAAUACUCGCGCGAAACAGCCAAACUUCCCUGCAAUAGCGCCGCACCACGACAGUAUUUCACGCGCGCCUCCGCGCUCGACCGUUCCCGGAAUUGAAGGGAAUGCGCCAGAAAUUCGAGCGACGUCGGCUAGAUCGUAAGCUAGAUACCUAGGGAUCGUCGAUGAUAGAGCGAGGACACGCGUCGACGUCAGAAUCCCGGAUAAUGUAACGGCGUUCCGUCAGGAAGCAUCGUGGACAGAGGAUUUUGAUGUAACUUUUAAAGAAUUCAGGUGAUGGGCUUGUCGAUACAAUUAUCGUUUUAUUCAGUGUAAGAAGAUUUCGUUGGAACUUGCAUUCAGACUUCGCAGAAUUCGCGGCUGAAGUUUCGAAUUGGUCGUUCGAAUCGUUCAUUCCGUUUCAGUGCAGCUAUGGAAAUAAAAGAUUUUAUAAAGUCCAGAAAGUCUCAGUGCACUCGAAUUUUUAAUUAAUUUUCGAUAUUUAAGCUAACAUAAAUUCGUAAGAAAGAGUCGUGCAACAAUAAUCCUGAGCUUAUUUUAAAGCAAGGAGCUUCUACUUUUAUUAUAAAUUGUCGAUUCCAGAAUAUAUAAUUUUUAAUUAAUUUUCGAUGUUUAAGCUAUCAUGAAUUCGUAAGAAAGAGUCGUGCAACAAUAAUCCUGAGCUUAUUUUAAAGCAAGGAGCUUCUACUUUUAUUGUAAAUUGUCGAUUCCAGAAUAUAUAAUUUUUAAUUAAUUUUCGAUGUUUAAGCUAUCAUAAAUUCGUAAGAAAGAGUCGUGCAACAAUAAUCCUGAGCUCAUUUUAAAGCUAGAAGCUUCUAUUUUUACUGUGAAUUGUCGAUUCCAGAAUUUAUAAUUAUUUGACACGCGCAGAUUCAACCAAACGAAUUCAAAC